AUGGCUUCUACAGAAGAAAGGUCGUCCACCUCUCCAGGAGGCACAACACAGACGUCCUCAUGCGUUAAACCUACGAGCUCCAGACAAGAGACCGACCCUAAUAACUCAGAAAUGAAAUCUCUCGAGAAAAGUAUGGGAGAUUUGGAAAUUAAAGUUGACAAAGCGAUGGGCAGAGCCGAUGCUCUCAAACGUGACAACCUACAAUUGUCGAGUAAAAUUACUACAGUCAUGGGAACAGCUGACCACGUUAAACUGGAGAAUGAGAAAUUGAGGAAAAGUUUCACUGAACUCAACACCGACAUCAAUGCACUCAAAGAUAAUAUAUUUGCUUCGAAGGAAAAUGUUGAUAAGGCUACCAACAAAGUUACCACGCUUGAACAACGCGUGAACACCCUUGAUGCCAAAGUGGACAAAUAUGUUGAACGAUUUGAUCCGCUUGUUGUUGAGGUUGACACCCUUCGAGAAAAACUCACCACGAUGCAGAUCUUGUUGGCUUCAGCCAUAGAACGCGUUAAUACCAAGAUUGUUGAUACUUCAAAAGCGACAGAGCAUUCAAUACCGCCAAAGUAUACGGUAGUCGAUGAAGGUGCUGCCAAGGCAGUCGAUCUGCAGUCAAAUAAUCGGCCGGUGAAGGAAACGCUAGACCCUCAAUGGAAGCGGGAAGCCUAUAACAUCAUCAAUUUGAGCAAGCCGACGGAUAGCAUGGGUAAUGUCCAUGAGUGGGCAAGUUGGUUCACCGCCUACCGAACCCUCCUCGAUGAUUGUUUUGAAGAUGAUUUUUCCGAGGCUUUGAAUCAAACGGCUUACGAAUUAACGUGGUAUUUCCUCAAACUGGCAAUCCCUGUACAUUACAUGAAACACCAACCACUACAAGGCACCAUUGCUAAACAGGCCGACGCCUUGGAGAAACAUCUCAGAAACUUUGACGAGCUCGAUGGUUCAGAGACAGAUGAAAAAUAUCGUAUUGUCAUCAAAACAUUUAUGGAUCGUGAUCUUUUGGAGAAGACUAAGGAUCAUUUGAGAUUUCUAUUUGAUUUAUAUGACGGCCGUAAUCGCAGUGUGCUUUACAACCGAUUAAUGAGGAUAUGCUCAGAGUCAAUCAAACUCGAGGGUGUCUACGUCAACCAGGAAUUGAAGGCCUAUAUCAAAAGUUUGCGGGAUCCCGAUACGGAUGUAUACGAACUCGGUGAAGAUAUGGUCAAGCAACUUGCCAGGUUUGGUUGGAAGUUCAAGCACUUACAGGAGUAUCUGUAA